AUGCAGAUGGUGUGCGAGGCGCAGCGGCAGUACCUUACGGCUCACAUCACGCAGUUGUACGCCAACACUAACCCGGCCGAGCUUUGGGGAAGCAUCGUGAAAUACCGGGAGCGAAACAACACGGAUGCGCUUGACACGGUAGAGUCGUACGAUGAACUGCGGUUAUCCUACAUUGGAUUUAGGAAGGUCGUUUAUAGUAUUAUUUUUCACGUUUCACCUGAGGAGGAAAAUCAGGCGUCCGCGGAGGAGCGAGAGGCCAGAAAGAGCCUCUAUUUCAACCACCCCUUUCUUUCACCGGCAACAUUCCUUGCCUUCCCGCGCGCGCAAGACGGGACAAUAGCUGCGGUUCCCAUGUAUGCCUUCGCCGCAAAGCGCCUGCUUCUGUACAGGAUGCGUAUAGAGCUUGAGCUGGUGGCCAGAGUUUUACCACCGGCUCUUCAGGACCCUGUCACGAGGGUCACGCAUCUUUUGGUGUGUCCCCCGAGUGCGUCCUCCCCCCUUUCAAACGGUCUCACGCAGGAGGAUAUUGAGACGUUUUUAUACGAAUUGUUGCCCAACCUGCGGCUGGUUAGGGAUAUGCCGCCCUGGAUGCAGCCGUACUACCUUUGCCACGCCUCCAGGAAGUUUAUGUUUAUGUGUGACACAAGGCGCACAGGGGCGAUAUCUAUCGAAAGCAUGAUGAAAAGUGACGUAUUCUCAGAGCUUUUAAGGAUAUUUGAGAGUGAUGCGAAUGAUGCCAUAGCAGCUUUCACAGAAGGGUGCGCAGUGGACGUGGCCGCGACGCUGGUGUCAGCCGACGCCGCCGAAGACGACACGAUUCCCGCCCUUGUGCUCUUCUACGAGGGUGAAGGCAAUGACAAAGACGAUAUGUAUGUAAUAAAAACCUUGACGGGGAAUGUCGUUUUGAAAGUUCGCCGCAGCCAGCUGUACUGGAACUCUGGCUCAACCGACUUUCUCCAGCCGGAUGUGCUCUGCAUGGAUAACUGGUUUUCUCUGGCCCUUAUGGCUCGCAUUUACGAGCACUUUACGAGUCUGGACAUUGACGGGGACGGUGUUCUUACUGUGGAUGAGCUCGCUCGCUACAGUGACGGCAGCUUCACCCGGCUGGUAAUUGAUCGGACCUUUGAGUGUCACGUCCCUCACAGCGGUAAACGACACGUCAUGGAUUACAAGACGUACUUGGACUUUGUCAUCGCCACAGAGCACGCCGCGACUCUCCCGGCGAUGAAAUACAUCUGGAGCAUACUUGAUCUCGAGGAGACCAAGUCGUUUGUGACGAUUGAAACACUACGGUGCUUCUGCAAAGAGAUCGCCAAAGAACUCAUUGCGAAUGGACUAAUGACAGACAUUUCUGCGCAGUCUAUUCUGUCAGAGCUGAUAGACAUGAUAAAUCCAAAGUGGCAUGAAUGGGUUGAGCUGGACGAUAUAGUGCGUUCAGGCCAUCAAGCCACUGUUCUUCCAAUCCUCCUGAGCUACCGCAACUUCUACGCAUACGACUGUCGCGAACAGACAGCAGCCGUCGCCAAUGACGAGUAUGCCUAG